UGUUGUAGUUCCUAUGUGGAGUAAAUUACUGUACUGUCUUUGAGUAAACUGUCAUUCCGAGGACUGCAGAAAUACUGUGGUGAUAAUCCGUCUGCUCUACUCCCGACACCACACGCCUCCUCUUCCCAUCGAGCUGCUGGCACAGUUCGUGACAUUGGACUAACGUUACCUGAAUGUUGGGAGUCGGUGCACUGUUCUACUAGCUAGUUAUUGAAUUUAGCGUUAACCAACAGCUAGCUAACGUAGUUAGCAGCAGAGAGCGCACCAAUUUGACAGUCAGUAGGUAGCAAAUACUUUCCUAGCACACUGCAUAUGAUCUAGCUAGCUUGCAACAGUAACGUUAGCUACUUCUACACUGCAAACCCCAGGCCAAGCACAAAACAACGCCCGGGAUGGAGGCCCACAGCUCAAGCCGGUCAAGCCUGUCCAGGAAGAGGAGGAGAGAUGGGUCCAACGGAGAGGCCGAGGAGGUAGAACGGCCAGGGAAAGUCCCAAGAUCCACCGUGGGUUUAAAAGAUCCCGCCCCCUAUGCUGAUGAGCUAGAGUCGGCUGAGGACACUCCAUACCUGCGAGUCAGUAUGGAGGAGGCCAAGAGGGGAACUCCAUUUAAUAGGCCAGUUCGGGUGUAUGCAGAUGGCAUUUUUGAUGUGUUCCACUCAGGCCAUGCCCGGGCCCUCAUGCAGGCCAAGGGCCUCUUUCCGAACACACACCUCAUUGUGGGCGUGUGCAGUGACGACCUGACACACAAGUUCAAGGGGUUCACGGUGAUGAACGAGGACGAGCGCUACGAUGCAGUCAGCCACUGCCGCUACGUGGACGAGGUCGUCAGGAACGCGCCCUGGACGCUUACGCCCGAGUUCCUCUCCACGCACCGAAUCGACUUUGUUGCCCAUGACGACAUCCCAUAUACAUCAGCAGGCCAGGACGACGUUUACAAGCACAUCAAGGAGGCGGGCAUGUUUGCGCCUACCCAGCGGACGGAGGGAAUCUCCACCUCGGACAUCAUCACGCGCAUCGUCCGCGACUACGACGUGUACGUGAGACGCAAUCUGCAACGCGGCUACACGGCCAAGGAGCUCAACGUCAGCUUCAUCAAUGAGAAGAAGUACCACCUGCAGGAGCGUGUGGACAAGGUGAAGAGGAAGGUGCGCGACGUAGAGGAGAAGAGUAAAGAGUUUGUGCAGAAGGUGGAGAACAAGAGCAUCGACCUCAUCCAGAAGUGGGAGGAGAAGUCCCGGGAGUUCAUUGGCAACUUUCUGCAGAUGUUCGGCCCUGAGGGAGCACUGAAGCACAUGUUGAAGGAGGGCAGGGGCCGGAUGCUGCAGGCCAUCAGCCCCAGACAGAGCCCCAGCAGCAGCCCCACCCGCGAGCGCUCCCCCUCGCCCUUCUUAAACAAGGCCUCACCCUCCCCUCCACCCCACCACAGCGCAGCACGGGGAUACCCCAUCAGCGAGGAUGAUGACGAGUCUGACGAAAAUUAGGGUUCCGGUCCAUCAACAGCAUCAGCGUUCAACCCCUCCAACCAAUCAUCAGUAUGUCCACUUAUAUCUGUAUAGCAUUGUCCCUCAGUUCAUUUGCUCAACCUGUUUAAUUUCUUCAAUUGCUGGUGUCCAUUUCUUAUGGACUGUACCACUUCAUUAGUCAUUCAGAGGGGGGUUAAUGCGCACUUUGUUUUUGACAUCUGAUGUUGCAUUUCUGAAUGCACAUUGUAGCUGUCACAUCUCUUUUCAUUUUAUUAACGGUCAGUAACCACUAGUCACUGGAGGCAUUGGGAGCGAUGUGUUCAUUACCCUUCAUGUUACGUUUGUCACUUUCAUUUUCAUAUUAUCAAUAAUUUCUCACUUAUAGGAACAUUUUCCAGAUAUUAUUUUUGAUGCACGCUUCCUACUCAGGAUGUUAAUCUUAGCGAGGUGAUUUUAUUUUGUUAACCUUGAGUUUAGUAGGGAAUUCAGUUGUGUCCCCCUAUUGUGUUGAGGGGUGUUUGGUGCACUGUUGAAUUCCUUCUCAGAUCAGUCCUUUUUUUUUUUUUUUUUUGCAAUGUAGGAACCAUCAGUCCCUUGAUAACUCCCCCCCCGAGUGUGUCUGAGUAUGUGCAUGUGUGUGUAAACUGCUAGCUUUUGUGUAGGCAUGUUAAUGUCCUCCAUCCAUGGACUGAUCUGGACUCAGCUUGACCUUUUUGCACAUUAUAAUAAUACUUAGUUUGUUUCGAUAGUCUGACUCGAGGUCAGUCUUUGGACAGCGGUUUUUAAAGUAUUGUGCCCAGCGUUUGAACUACAAAACUGGAUCUCGUUCAGUAGGGCUCAAAGGAGAGAACUUAUUUUCAGGAGGUUUUAGCCAAAUCCGAAAAAACAGAUAAUGUGCCCAAUAACAAGACUUAAUUUAAAAAAACGACUGUCCAUGGAAUACAACUUUAUCCCGCUUACAUCUCUCCCUCCUGUCAUUGGGCAUCGCUUGAUUUUGGCUGUUGACCCACCCCUUACUAGUCUUUAGGUGUGGUCUUUGUCUCCAUGGUGGCAAAGCAGGAGUGUUUAUUUUAUUUCCUAUAUACAGUAGGCUAGCUGAAAUAUGGGAUUAUUUUAGGCGUAGUAUUGUAAGCAUAUUGAAUCGUCUAUCCAUCAACUUACAUUUUACUGGACUGAUUCUUUGGGAUCUUUAAAAUCUAUCAGUUAAAAUUGCUUCUCAUUAGGGGCAUGGGCUAUAGAUCACUUGGUGGCAAGAGAAGAGUUGUCUAUGUGAAGCCAAUACUAUCCUUCCACUACCUGCCAGAUACAAAUGUACAUGGAUCCAAGAACAUUGUUUUAACCAUUAUUUUACUGUUUGGGUUGAAUUUGUUUAGCUCCUGAAUGUGCAGGGCUGACAGAAACCAGGGAAUGAGUAGAACAUGUAAAUGUAAUAAAAAAAGUUAACCACAA